UUUCAGCAUCUGCAACAACAACAACAACAACAACAACAGCAGCAGCAACAACAACAGCAGUUACAACACAUGAAGUUUCUGGGCGGCAAUGAUGAUCGCAACGGACGCGGCGGCGUCGGCGUUGGCAGCGACGCAAUCGUCGUAGGCGGCACACGCGGCUCCAAUUCGCAGGACGUGGACGCAGCAAGCGCUGCGGCAGCCGCUGCUGCCGUUGGCUUCGUUUUUCAGCAGCGCCCCUCGCCCGGUGGCGGCGCUGGCGUCGGCGUCGGUCCCGUUGGCUCCACCUUGCAAGACGCCGCAGCCGCCGAAUAUGCGGCCCACUUUGCCCAAAAGCAGCAGCAGACGCGAUGGGCAUGCGGCGACGAGCACGGCAUCGAUAAUCCGGAUAAAUGGAAAUACAAUCCACCCAUGAAUCCGGCGAAUGCCGCGCCCGGAGGCAGCAACGGCGGCCCCGGAGCCAUAGGCACCAUUGGCAUGGGCGCCGGCAGCGGGCUGGGCGGCAUGGGCGCCGGCAGCGGCACCAACGGCGGGGGACUGCAUCAUCCAUCGAUGGCGGCCGCAGCGGCCAAUAUGGCUGCCAUGCAACAGGCGGCCGCCGUGGCCAAGCACAAUCACAUGAUGUCGCAGGCGGCCGCCGCAGUUGCUGCCCAACAGCAACAACAACAACAGCAACAACAACACAAUGCGCAGGGACCGCCGCAUCAUCUUAUGGGCGGCGGCAAUGGGCUGGGCAAUGGCAAUAGCCUAGGCGGCCUGGGUCAGCCGCAUCCAGGCCAGCAACUACAACAACAACAGCAGCAACAGCAACAGCAGCAGCAGCAGCAACAACAGGGCCAACAACCCGGCCAGGCACAUCUCGGCCAGCAUCAAUACAAUUCGAAUCUGCUCAGCCAUGUGAUGAAUAACCAGGUGGCAGCUGCCGUUGCCGCCGGCGCCACCAUGGGCCAUAUGCCGCCCUACGCCCAGUCGGCUGCUAGCGGCAGCAUGUACGAUCACCAUGGCGGUAGCGCACUGCAUCCGGGCAUGAAUGGCGGCAUGCCGAAGCCGCCGCCGCCGCCGCUGGGUCCGCCCGGGGGUCCACAGGAUUUCGUCUAUAUGGGCGGGCAGCCGCAUGCCGCUGCCGCUGCAGCCGCCGCUGCGGCCAUGGGCGCAGCUCUGAUGCCGCCGCAGAAUCAAUAUAUGAACAACUCGGCGGCAGCAGCCGUCGCCGCCGCCAAUCGGAAUGCAGCGAUUACCACAUCGACUGCUAAGAAGCUGUGGGAGAAGUCGGAUGGUAAGAGUGGCGCCUCCAGCACACCAGGCGGCCCAUUGAAUCCUCUGCAGAUACCCGGUGUUGGCGAUCACUCGUCCGUUUGGAAGGAUCACACAUGGUCUACACAGGCCGAGAAUAUUCUGGCACCGCCCAGGCCACGUGGUUAUCCGCAUGGCGGCGCUUCUGAUAACUCGAACAGCGGCAAUGCGGGCAUAUUGAGCCCCCGCGAUUCAACAUGCGUUAAGAUGGUUGAAUUUGUUCUGGGCGGCUCACCCACCAACAAGGAGAGUCCCUUGUCCAGUUUGGAGCCGCGUAUGCGCAAUUUAAAAUUUGACGAUAAUGAUAAGUCACACGAUGAUAAGGAAAAGGCAAACUCUCCGGUUGAUACAAAUGGUUUAAAGAAGGACGACCAAGUCACAAACACAAAUGGAGUCGUCAAUGGCAUCGACGAUGACAAGGGAUUCAACCGCACUCCCGGCUCCCGUCAGCCAUCGCCCGCUGAAGAGACACUGCCACGCCCACCCACUUUACUGGAUCCAACACACCAUGGCGGCUUCCCACAAAUGCCACACUUCAAUCACAUGCUCAUGGAUCAUGGCCAGGGUCAUGGCAUGGGAAACAAUUCGGUGGGCGGCGGAGGCGGUGGAGCUGCCUAUGCACAUCAGCAGAUGGCAGCGCAGAUGAGUCAGUUGCAGCCGCCGAUGAUGAAUGGAGUUGGUGCCGGAAUGCCAAUGGCCGCACAGUCACCCAUGUUGAAUCAUCAGGGCGCACAGUUAGGCGGACCCAAUCAUAUGGAAUCUUCAGGCAAUCUCUUGCAGCAGCAGCAGCAGCAACAGCAGCAAAAUUUUGAUGUACAGAAUCGCAUCGAAGGGCACUUGCACGUCAUAAACAAACUAAAAUGAUAAACUUUUUCGAUAACCACUUUUGGAUUACCCCGAAGCCAGCCAGUUAGCCAUUGGAUGUAACUGACGGGGCGCAGCAAAGGGUGGGCUCAUGCUCAAUCAAGUCAAGAGGAUACCGAUUGCCAGUGGCACUUAAUAAAACCUUGCUUAAACUGAACAACUGCAAUGGCAAUAAAUAUUUAAAUAAAGAAGCAAAGCCACAGACACACACAUGGCACACACGCCCUCGCACACACAUGAUAUUGUUUUACAAAUGUGCAAAUGUUGUAGCCAAUUAAUUAUUAUAAAUCCGG